CACCCCAACCCCAACCCCAACCCCAACCCCAACCCCAAAAACACCCACUCUGGUGCAAACAUAGUUUUACUGGCAAUUUUGUGUAGACAAUUAGCUUUCCUGGUUUGUUGGAUUUCUGCUAUCCAUGGCCUUGUGACUUUAGCCUCCAAGUUCAUCAUUUGAUGGGAUGGGUAACUAGCCCACCUCUCAGUGGAGCAGUGAAGCAUUUUGAUUACGGUGUGAAGUGGUGAAAACCCCUUAUGGCUGGUCUAAUUACAGAUCAAUGCUGGAGCACCUUAUUUAUAGACCUGAAAACUCUCAAUUUUUUGCUUUACUUGUAACUUAUUUGCCUUGCUGCCUUUUUUUUUUUUUUUUUCCUGUCUCUUCGGCACAUAACCUGCAGCUGUAGUUUCUGCCCCCAGGGAGUGGUCUAGCAGAUUUUAUUAAGAAGGCUGAGGAAAUGCUGCACAAAUAUAUAGUUGUGCUUUUCCAUUAUACAUUUUCACAUUUAAGUAUGUUCAUAAAAUCUAUGAAAAUUCCUAGCCUCAUAACUUCAAAUACAUACAAUCACUAGACAAAUCUAGCCAUCCUAUAAUGCAUACACAUGUCAAAAUUGAGUUAAGGGUUUCUUAGGUUAGCUUCUCUGGCUUAUAUUGUUCUAAAUACUAAGAGAAGGUUGAAUUAGAAGAUUUGGUAAUUUUACUCGGUAAUUUUUCUUUGGUUAAUUUACAAUGCCACCCCCUGGAGAAUGCCACAAUUAUAAGACCACCCCCUCUGUUUCACCAAAUUAGACUUGGAUCCCCUACCGUCAGUUACUGUUAAGGAAUAUACCAUAUAUGCUGAUGUCAGCAAUUAUAUUUUAUUUUAAAUACCAAAGUGCCCUGAUUAAAUAUGAAGUACCUAAAAUACCCAUCUCUUCCCGUCUUAGGUCGCCGGCAAGAAGAAGUAUCCGCCAAGCUAACGUUCUUUCAUGGGCUCGUCAUCUUGCUCACGGUGGGAAAUUGUUGGACCUUAUCUAUCCAUCCAUUCAGUCUCUGGACAGAGUUCAAGGGUGGGUUUCUCUGCAUCAAAGUUGCGCUUCCUUGCUUGCAACGCUCGCCUGCGCAUCGACCCUCCAUGAAAGAAGUGGUGGCGAUGCUUUCUGGUGAGUCUGAGCCUCCUCACCUACCUAUUGAAUUCUCCCCUUCACCACCCUUUAAUUUCCCAUACAAGUCCCAGAAGAAGGCUCAAGUAAUUAACUGGUGUACCACUAUCGCCACUAAUUUCACCUCCGGUGGCCAUGGCGUCCUUGCCGCCGACAUGCGCCUGGGUGGGUACACCACCACACCUUCUCCUUUGUUCCUAUUGCUGAUCACUAUUCCACUUUCACUCGCCAUGUACGGGUUCGACCCUCAAAGCAUUCGACUUAGGUGCUCCAAACUCAUCCCCAAAGUAAACCAGUUCGUGAACAGGAUCAUUGCCGAGCAUAGAGCUCAAUCUAGAACUACUGAUACAGAGAGAGCCGCCACAGACUUCGUCGACGUUUUACUUUCUCUUCAAGGACCUGAUAAGUUAUCAGAACCCGACAUGAUUGCCGUCCUCUGGGUAAGCAGUUCCUCACUUCUGUUUCGUUUGUUGAUUUGUUUAAUCCCUUUCAAAUACUUCUAAUUUAUAAAAAUGAAAACCACAUAAAAUUUAGAAAAGGAAGAAGACGCCAAAGAAAGAAGCGGAUUUGGAUGUCCAUACUAGUUUUUUUGUGGGCUUUGCACGCAGAAUGGGAUUCAAAACCUCCUUGAACUCUGAAAGUCUUCGUUUCAAUAGUAAUUAAAUGCCUUCUUUAUGUUUUUGUGUUAUGGGAGAUGAUAUUUAGGGAACGGAUAUGGUGGAUACUAGCGGGGAUGGUACUCCAUCCUGAAAUCCAAUCAAAAGUCCAUGAAGAGCUCGACAGAGUAGUAGGGAAGUCCUGACCGGUGACGGAAGAGGAUACCCAAUCUAUGCUACUUAAAUAUUGCUGAAGAGAGAAGGAGAUAAGGAGAAUGAAAUGGUAAAAUGGUAAAGUGGGGUAUUUUUGAAAUAGAAAAAUGAGUAACUUAUCAGUGUUUUACUCAUAAAGUCAAAAACGUCAUUUCGUAGCAUUCCUUAACAGUGACUGACAGUAAGGGGCCUGAGUCUAAUUUGGUGAAACAGAGGGGGUGGUCUUAUAAUUGUGGCAUUCUCUAGGGGGUGGCACUGUAAAUUACCCUUUUUCUUUUAAGUUCCCCAGGUCUAAAGUUAGCGACAUUUAUGCAUGGAUAUUGUAUAUCUUGCUAUUGAACUGGAACAACAAUUGCUUUGAUUUUGCAUGCAGGCAUCGAUGGUUGGCCACAAGUAUGGUGUCCUUAGGUGGAGCAAAACUGGGA